AAAUUGUGAGCGUUGAUAAUAUAUGUGAAGACAAACAGUACAGGGUAGCGGGAGCAUUCAGCAAGCAAGAGCAAGAGCAUGGCGAAAAGACAAGGCUAUCCCUGGGGCUGAGCCGGAGCCUGUCUAUUACAAUAUUAAUUUUCGAUUCUACCGCUUGAAAGUUGAAAUUCCAAGAUGAAAUGAGUUAUGGGCAGAGAGUGGCGAAGCAGGGACUUGGUUGGUUGGUUGGCCGGUUCAAUCUCUUCCUCUCUUCCUUCCUUUGCUUCAGAAUAUUACCAUAAAGUACUCUAGACAUAUUAUCUACAGACUAGAAUAUCUAUCAGGACAACGACCCUAUAUGUUCCCUCUUCCUCCUCUCUUCUUCGGCGAAUCAACAACGGUGGUUUCAGGUUGUCUUUACUUUUAAACUCCCAUAAUGCAUAAUGUUACUGAAGAUGAUGAUGAUGAUUCAGUCACAAAGCCCCUUGGAAGGUGUUCUGUCAUGUAUUAUGGCGUGGGCCAUAUGCUCAAUGAUAUCACUGCUUCCUGUUGGUUUACAUAUCUCUUGUUAUUCUUGACAGAUAUUGGACUAUCCCCCAGGGAUGCUGCCACUGUAAUGCUAUCUGGUCAAAUAGCUGAUGGAUUUGCAACCAUAUUUGCUGGCGAGCUGAUAGACAGAUUUGGACAUUUCAAAUUGUGGCAUGGUGCAGGCUCUAUUUUGGUUGCCGUUUCAUUUUCUUCUGUUUUUGGUGGUUGUGUACCGUGUAAAAUUUUUGGUACCUCUUCACCCGCAUUGCGAACUGUUGGUUACAGCAUUUUUGCUGCUAUCUUUAAUGUGGGUUGGGCAGCUACCCAGGUCUCACACAUGUCUAUGCUGAAUUGCAUUACGCUGAAUUCAACAAGCAGAGUGGUGCUCGCUAGCUGUCGGAAUGCUUUUACUAUGGUUGCCAACCUGAGCUUGUAUGCGGUUGCUUUUAUAAUCUUUGCUGUCACGAUAGCAAGAACACAUGCCGAUAUUGAAAAUCAGUACCGCUGGAUUGCAUAUUUGUCAAUCUUCAUAGGAUGCUGCUUUGUUGGUAUCUUUCAACUCGGCACCAAAGAGCCAAGAUUAAAGGUAGGUGUACAAGGAAGUAAUUCUUCAAGGAUUCCAUGGACGUACUGGUUCAAGAGAGUGCUAUAUUAUCAGGUUGCUCUUGUUUAUGUGCUGACCAGACUAGUGGUUAAUGUUUCACAGGCAUAUCUUGCAUUCUAUGUUAUAGAUGAUCUGCAGAUGGCACAAUCGGCUAAAGCUCUGGUUCCUGCGAUCAUCUACAUAAGUAGCUUCCUCGUAUCUGUGAUAUUGCAGGAGAUACAAUGGACUGGCCGAUUCUUGAAGACCUACUACUCAGCUGGAGCUAUUAUUUGGAUAUUUUGUGGUGCAGGGAUCCUGCUUUUACCUAGAAGCUUGAGUGCUUUCAUGUACAUUAUAUCUAUAUUUAUUGGCAUAGCAAAUGCUUUAAUGAUGGUGACCGGAGUAAGCAUGCAAAGUGUUUUAAUUGAUACAGAUCUCAAUGGCUGUGCAUUUGUUUGUGGAUCAUUCAGCUUCUUGGACAAAAUCUCAUGUGGGCUUGCUUUAUUUGUUCUUCAGUCGUAUCAAAGUGAUUCAGUCAUACAGAAUAUCCAUUCUAAUCAUGUCUACAUAUCAGUUACGAGAUUCGGGUUGGGUCUUGUUCCGGCAUUUUGUUCACUUGUAUCAGUGGCUGUUACAUACUCGAUGAACCUCCACUCUGCUCGCUGCAAACCUCUAAUGGAGCCUCUAUUGAUAUAGAUCAUGCUAGUGACCCAAUUUUAUGCAAAGUUCCUUGAUACGUAUUGGCAAUUGUUGUUGAAAGCACAUGCUUGACAAAAAGCUUGGAAGGCAUCUAAUUCUACUGUUAGGCAAAGAUUUUUUUUAAGCUAUUGGUCAUUUCACCAAAGUCAUGAAAUUCUUUACGCCCCUUUUAUUUGUCCUUUUUAAUUAUUUUGUGAAAGGCAUUGUUCGCAUAACUGUAGGGACGUUGUCCGUGUACCCUCAUUCAUCUAUCAGCAAAGUUGGUUUAAUGAAUUCUUAAUGACACA